UCUCCAUCGUUUUUAUUUUGUUGAACUCCAUAACUCCUCUUAUUUGGGUCCACAAAACUCCAUAGUCUAUGCCCACUGAGUGAAGACUCGAGAGCCACUGGUCGUAAAGGAUUCACAUGAGGUUGGUUUGGAGGCAAGCCCAAUAGAGGAUGGCAGUGAGGCCCAACUGCUACGCCACAGCCAUAUUGGACCAAAAAGAGUUCACAGUUCACACAAUGAUGUGGUUCAGAUGAAAUGAACGUGAUCUCCAUUACUCCUAAAAUUCAAAGAUCAUUUAGUUUAAUUUAAUGAUUAGUUCGUACAAGUCGAGUGUUUAUUUUUCCAUUAGAGGACUAUGUCUUGAGAAUUAUUCUGCCAGGCGUGUGGAGACUAUUAAAGAAUUGAUGCGAGUAUUGUCAACUCUCAUCCAUCAUCCAAACUCUAGAUGGCUGGCACGUUCAUGAACAAGAGCCCCACAACCAAGACAUCACACAGAAAGGGACAAAGAAAACAUUAAUUGGCAUUUGAAAGAGAGAAUCACCAAAGUUCAAAGUCAAGGCCUUCAUUAAUGUGCGUGUGUGUAUAUAAGGACAGAGUUGAUGAAGUCAUUUGGAACUAACCCGACAUGGGAAGGGCACGUAUGAGGUUGUGCUUUGGUCACGCCACGCCUCGUGUUCGAGCCUUUUCUGCAUCCAAGUCUCCUUCCUCCUCUGCUUCUAUCAAAUAUGCAAAAAGAACUGAGUUUUCAAGCAACACAAACCACGACCCUGCCAAUAAGAUAAUGGUGGUUGUUGAUUCUAGCUUUGAGGCUAAGGGGGCUCUUGAAUGGGCUCUCUCUCACACCGUUCAGACUCGGGACACUCUUGUUCUUCUUCAUGUAUCCAACCCCACUAGAGAAGGUACGGAAUGUGGUGCGAAGUUUAAUGUGAAGGCUUAUCAAGUUCUCCUUGACAUGAAAAGCAUGUGCGAAACGAAGAGACCCGGGGUGCAAGUGAAUGUGGUGAUGGUUGAAGGAGAGGAGAAGGGUGUUGCAAUAGUGGAAGAGGCAAAGCAACAGAGGGUGUCACUGUUGGUAGUGGGACAAAGAAAACGAUCCAUGUUGCGGUGCAUCGUGAGGAGGUGGCUACGAAAGAAAACAAGACCUGGGGUUGUUGACUAUUGUAUACAAAACUCGCCUUGCAUCACCAUUGCAGUCAGGAAGAAGAAUAAGAAACAUGGAGGCUAUUUGAUUACUACUAAACGCCAUAAAAAGUUUUGGCUUUUGGCUUGAUAUUAUUAUUAUUAUUGUUAUUAUCAACAUGCAUCAAAUGGGAUAAUGUAUUGUCUCUCAAUUGCAUCCUUGUUACUCAAAAUUGUAAUGUACUUUGCAUCAAAUGUGCAUUUUUUAAGUAGUCAUUGUGGAGCUGCAACGUUGUACAAGGAAAAUGAAUGAUGUUCAAUUACAAGGUAGUGGUCGUUUCUGUGUUUUUGGGUCGUAAACAGAUUAAAAGGUUUAAGUUACAAUUUCUGAUUGGGUGAAGGAGUGUGAGAUAAAGAGCAAAUGCGAGGAUGCACAAAUAUAUGAUUGCAUUGCAUUUGACGUAAAGAUGUCAUCUCAAAGACAUGGUCUGGCGUGACUCUUGAAUAAAAAAUUAAACUUAAGGUUCUUAAAAUUCCUAUUUAAUUAUCUUUGGUCAUUUGCAUCUUCAGAGAUGUG